CGCCGGCGGGCCCACGCUGCCAGAGUCUGGGCCAGAGAGAGCGCAAGCCCAGCCCAAGCCCAGCAGGCAGGAAUCACAGAUCAUAUAAGGACUGUGGUAGGAAUCGAUUUGGGGCGCUUCUUUGGCCAUUGGACAACCCCGAUCCAGCAGGUGUGUUUUUCCCUUGGCAUCGCUACGGAUUAUUCAUUCCAAACCCGACCUGCCCGUUCCCCUGUUCCCCUUGUUCCCUGUGCCUUAGGUCAAAGACUCCUUGAUUCCUCUUCACCAUGGACAUCGGUCAUGUGUUGAGCGAGCAAAUGAUGGCUGCGGCCAAAGUGGUGGAGGAGCAAUUGGACGCCGAGAUGUCCAAGUUGGACCACAUGGACGAGGACGAGUUGGAGUUGUUGCGGGUUCGGCGCCUCGAAACCAUGAAAAAGCAUCAACAACAGAAGCAGGAUUGGCUGGCCCAAGGCCACGGCGAAUACGCCGAGAUCCCCGAGGAAAAGGCCUUCUUCAACGUGACCAAGAACUCGAGCAAAGUGGUGGUCCACUUCUAUCGGGACGAGACUUUCCGAUGCAAGAUCUUCGACAAACAUCUCGCUAUCCUGGCUCACAAACAUUUGGAGACCAAAUUCUGCAAGAUCAAUGCCGAGAAGUGUCCUUUUCUCACCAGCCGUCUCAGGAUCAAGGUCAUUCCGACGUUGGCGUGUAUAAAGGACGCUAAGACGCAAGAUUACAUCGUUGGAUUCACGGAUCUAGGUAACACCGAUGAAUUUUCCACGGAUAUGUUGGAGUGGCGUUUGGCCCAAACUGAAAUGAUUUCGUAUUCCGGUGAUCUUAUGACCCCUCCGGAUGGUGGCAAAUCUGGUAAAUCCAAGACCACAAUUUUAGGCAAGCCUAAAGUCAAAACGAUUCGAGGGAGUGGACGAAAAGAUGCAUCCAGUGAUGAAGAUGACUGGUAGGAGGAGACGAGUUCUGAAACACUGCAGCCAGCAAACUUUCACAAUUUUGCUAAUGCAAGUCAUGCAUCUAUUCAUUCGUUCUUUAAAACAGUAUUUACUGAAGUUUCGGUAUGGAUAUUUACAAAUAAAAAUGAUUCAAUACGACCACA